GCCCGCGGCUCCCGCUGUCCGUCCGUCUGUCCGCCUGCGCGCCGGUCCGUGCGCGCCCCUGAGAAGAGAGGAGCCCGCGGAGGCGAGACGCUCACCGUCGUAGGAAGUGCCCGCAGCCGAUGCGAAGUGUGAAGGAAAACUCUGCCAUCUCUCGGGCUGCUGCGAAGUGGACAGACCGCCUCACACGAUGCCAUCUUUUGAUGAGGUUUUGAAGGAGGCCGGGGAAUUUGGAAGAUUUCAAAAGAGGGUCUUUUUCCUCCUUAGCCAGACAGGCAUAACUUUCUCUUCCCUGUUCGCCAGCGUAGUUUUCCUUGGGCGAGCACCAGAGAACUUCUGGUGCAGGAUCCCCGGGGCAGCUGAAUUAAGUGACCGAUGUGGCUGGACGCUGGAAGAGGAACGAAACUUCACGGUCCUGCCCCUGCACCUGGGGAACGAGUCCGUCCGUGGGGAGUGCGAGAGGCUGGAUGUCACUUGGGACGCCUCUGCCAGCUGCGCCAGCCCGCUCGCCCGCUAUGGCAACCACAGCACGGGCAAGCUGCCACUCGCCCCCUGCCACCACAACUGGGUCUACGAACAGCCCCACUCAUCCAUUGUCAGCGAGUACGAUCUUGUGUGUGGCAAUGCCUGGAUGCUGGAUCUCUCACAGGCCAUCCUCAAUCUGGGGUUCCUGGCUGGAGCAUUCAUCUUGGGCUAUGCUGCUGACAGAUACGGCAGAAUCCUCAUCUACCUGCUCUCCUGCCUUGCAGUUGGGAUAUGUGGUAUCAUAGUGGCGUUUUCACCAAAUUUUACUGUAUUUUUGAUCUUCCGUUUUCUCCAAGGCAUGUUUGGCAAGGGAACCUGGAUGACAUGCUACGUGAUUGUGACGGAGAUCGUUGGUUCCGAUCAGCGGAUUGUUGGAAUCGUGAUUCAGAUAUUCUUUACCCUGGGAAUAAUAAUUCUCCCUGGAAUUGCAUACCUGAUUCCCACCUGGCAGGGGAUCCAGCUGGCCAUUUCACUGCCCAACUUCCUCUUCCUGCUCUACUAUUGGGUGGUUCCUGAAUCUCCACGUUGGCUCCUGACACGCAAAAAGGGAGAGAAAGCAUUAAAAAUCAUGCGCAACAUUGCAAAACACAAUGGGAAAUUUCUCUCACCGCAUUACUCAGAGAUCACUAUUAGCAACGAGGAGGUGAGCAACCCCUCCUUUCUGGACCUGGUGAGGACUCCCCAGAUGAGGAGGAACACACUCAUCCUGAUGUACGCCUGGUUCACAAGUGCCAUUAUCUACCAAGGGCUUGUCAUGCGCCUGGGAAUUAUCGGAGGAAACCUCUACCUAGACUUCUUCAUCUCAGGAGUUAUGGAGCUGCCCGCUGCUUUCCUAAUUAUAGUGACAAUUGAUCGCAUUGGCCGGCGCCUGCCCUUCGCCGUGAGCAACAUCGUGGCGAGCGUCGCGUGUCUCGUCACCGCCUUCCUGCCAGAAGAUAUUCCAUGGCUCAAAACAACAGUUGCCAUGCUGGGAAGACUGAGCAUCACAAUAGCUUUUGAAGUUGUCUAUCUAGUGAACAGUGAAUUGUACCCUACGACACUGAGAAACUUUGGUGUUUCCCUGUGUUCAAGUCUGUGUGAUCUUGGCGGGAUCAUAGCCCCGUUCCUGCUUUUCCGAUUAGCAGCCAUUUGGUUGGAGCUACCUCUAAUUAUUUUUAGUAUUCUUGCAGCUGUCUGUGGCCUCCUAGUGUUGCUUUUACCAGAGACCAAGGGAAUCUCAUUGCCAGAGACACUGGAGGAUGUGGAGCAGCUUCCAAGUCAUUUUGGAAAAUGUGGCAAGAAACGGAAACACCGGGACACCAACUCUUAUAUUUGACUUUUGAAGGACAGUACUGAGCUAAGAACUAUGUUCUUAUCCUGGGAACUUGUUCUCCACCUGUCACUGCUUCAAAAUGUGCUGCAGAAUAUGGAUCAAACUUCAUGUUCUCCUUCUAAGCACAAGGACAUUUAAUACAAGUAGUGUAUUUUUCUAUGAAUAUGGAAUAAAUUUUUUUUUUUCCUGAGUAUGCUGUUUGCAAGGAGGGACUGUGGUUCUUCAUAGAGAGCAGAACAGCUUUAAAAAUAUGGAAUGUCCAGCUCAGUGACCUUGUAUUUAUUUCUGUAUCUAUUUGAGACAUUAGUUUAUUGUUUUGUUUGGAUUUACAUUUGUGUGGGAAGGAUUUAAAUGGUAGUGCUUGUUUAAGAUUUAGAUGACCUUGAGGAGGAGAAGAUGAUGAUUUCAACCCGUUCUCCUUUGCCCCUGAAGAAUCUGGACCAAUAGAAGUUAUGAUGGCUGAAGAAGGAGGGUACUGAUCAGGGUGAUUGUUUCUCUGGUUGAGAGGGAUGGAAAUCAGCAGCGCGCAUCAGGAGAACCUCUCUCUGGUCUGAUUGUCAUCCACAGGGACCCUUUCAACAAAAGCCUUGCUUCCUUCCUUGUUCAAGGGCUUUCUGAAACGUGGAAGCAGUCCUCCUCACCUUUCCAGGGCUUUAUGUAGGCGUCACUCAGUGCACAGAGCGUUAGCUCUGCAGGACGGAUCGUCCUGCUGCCCAUUAGUGCCUUUCCCCAGACACAGCUGGGGUUCAUGUGACACCCCUCAUAUCUUCAAGGGAAGGGCUUCUGCCACUCUCCUCUGUUGAAUGCUUUUUCAAACACCUCUUUCAAGAGCAUGCUGAUUUUUUCCUUCGCAAGUCAUGCUCUCUGCCCAUCCUUACACAAAUUCCUCCACCCUCACCACUCUCAAGAUGACCUGCGAUUUCUGUCUUCUGUUCAUUAUCAUUGUUUGUCAUCUUUCUGUCUUGGGGAUAGUUUUUGGGGUUGUUGACAGAGAUGUCAAGGUGUCUUGGGAAGGGAUGAGCCAAGAGCCUUGGUUAUGGUGGGAAGUAAGUGUUAAUUGGUGCUUUGAAGCUGACCUGUAACAGAAUAACUCUCUGGCUCUGCAAGCAGAUUCCAGGGACAGACUGCCUUUCCUUUCUCCCAAAUGACCUUUGUCAAGAAUUGUGUCCUGACCACUGACUGGUGAACAAUACACUCCUUGCAGGGAAGACUUGAAAAGAUGUGGCAUUCACGAAGUAUCCCGUUACCAACAGAGAAACAAAUAAAAGAAAGUCAGUGAGAUGUUGUAAAGGACCUUAUAAGCUCACAAAAAACCAUGCUUGGCACAAGCUAAUAUAGGACUGAGUUUGGAAGGCUCAUACCACAAAUCAGUAGCACUACAGUACAGUCACUGAAAAUGAAUGACCACUGCUCCAGUCUCACCAACCUAAGAGCACAGCAGGAUUUCCUAUGGUGAGGAAUAUACUGUGCUUUUCAACAAUUCCAACUCUCCCCGCCUUCUCCCAGCAACUGCCCUUAUCACCAGCCCUUCUGGAGGAAAACAAGGACCUUUAAUAAUAACCCUAGCCUAAUGUUUGCACACUUCAGGCAGUUAGUGAUACAGGCCUGUCUUUCAAGGCUGUUUCUAACUUACUCUGAGGCAUAGUAAAGGUCAAAGGUAUGCUUAGCAAAAGUCAGUAAUGACUUUGAGAUAUGAAACUAAAUGAACAUCUCACAAGACAUACAACUAAUCUGGAAGGCACCAUACAAAACUGGAGCUACUGCUACAAGGAGAAAACUUCUCGACCCAUACCAUCUGUAGAUAGCUGAAGACAAUAGUGAAGGCUGGCUUGCAAGAGACCAGCCCUAAACUGGAAGCUCUGGGCUUGCCCUGGCCAGAUGCUGUGUCUCAGUGCAGGGUGGAAAGUGCAGGCCUCCAAACACAAAACUCAGCCCAACCAGCCCCUCUUGAAGGCACCUUGGAGAACCAGGGUGAAGGAAUCACAUGUGAUGAACCUGAUGAGCUGAACCACCCUCUUCCAUUUAGUGUUUCUUCUUCAUGAUUUUUUCUUUCAAUAGGUGUCUUAAACACUUUAGCAGCUUGAGAAAGAUUGCAGAGAUCUUUUAAAGCUAUGACUUCCCAAAUAAAUGUGAAUAAUAUUUGACAACUUCUUCAGUUUGUGGACAACUAAAACAUGCUGAGAAAUGAGAGAUGCAAAGAUUUGUUUCCUCCUUUCACAUUGUGCUUUGUUUUGCAUAGCAUUAUGUGUUGCUCAAAAGAUAAUGUAAGUGAUAAAUUUUGGUAGGUACAGUGGCUUGGGGCAGUGUCAGAUGUUUGAAUAUAUUUAUUUUUUAAAAAUUUGUUUUGUAAAGGGCAGCAGAGGAAAACCUAUGCAUAUGUUUUGCCUUUUAAUCUAGUAGUGUUUAGCAACUUCAAGAGGAGUUUGUAUUUGGUAAUUGCUCCUGUGCUAACCCAUAUCCCUAUCAGGGAUUCUCUAAGUUGAAAAAUCCUUCCAUCUCUGUGAGGCUUUGUGUUGCCCCCUGAAGGUGUAGUGGGUAUGUAACCUGGUGUAUGACCAGCGGUUUGCUCAUGCUGGGGUUACACUCUUGUGGGCGAGAGAGGACAGAUGAGGUGGUCGUACCAGAUGAAAAGCUUCAGCAAGGGAGAACCCCAAGCAAAAACAGCUGCAUGGAGGUGGAUGCAUGUGGGCAUGCAGACCACACGACAGGCAGUUUGUUUUUAAAAAAAAAAAUUCUAAAUCCUUAUGUGCCCCAAACAGUUUAAAACUUACAGGGAAGUCCCACAAGCUUCUCAGGAGGCACAGCAGUGUUCUCCUAAGAUGUGUGUGUUGACACUAAAAUGGCUGUUGUGACCCAGCUCACUCACUGAGAGGCACCUCUUCAAUGAACUCUGUCAGCUGCAGUUGUCCUGCAUGUGUGUCCUCCACAGGCACAGUGAGAGACCUUGAGGUACGCAAGAGACAAAGGGUCACCGUACCAUCACCAAAGGCACACGGAAAAUGCGACCUCAGAAACCCAGCUGUGUUUUUCCUGUUGGCAAAGAGGUUUCUUGGACCAACAAACAGAUGAAAGUUCUAUUUUGGGUCAAAUGUGCCGCUGCCACCACACGUGCUGGGUUACCUUAUCCAGUCUGUGCAAAUUGUUACCACAAAAAGUGGCAAUUUUUAUUGCCAUUGACAGCCUUGCAGAAGAAAAAGACAACAAUUGGCACUGUUUGAAGGGUUCUGAGGUGGGACUUUUGUGGCCACUCAGGCAUAUCCAGCCAUUUCUAGCCAGUUUGGCAAGGGCCAAUGGUUUCUCUGUCUACAAGCAAGGUAUUAACCAUGCCUUCAAGAGGUCACAUCUGAAGAGCUUAACAAAUCAAAGGCCAAGCUUCAGCACAGAAUUUCUGUUGUCACGGAAGCAUCGUACAAAACUCUUGGCUGGCUUAAUGAUCAAAGUAGGUAUAUAAGGAAAAUAUGCAGGAGGGUAUUCGUGCUCACUGAAUCCCUCUGACCAGACAGGUGAGUGGUGUGUGCUUUAUCAGAGCUUCUCCUGCUCAGGAAGGAAAUGCCCUGAGAUGUUUUCAUCUCCCAGAACCAGACUCCAGAUGCAGAAGCUUCCAAAAUUACUUUGCAACCUAACUAUGCUUAAUAGGUCUCAUCUCCCUUUAAGGCAAUGGGACAAAAAACCAAAUCAAACCAAAACUCCUAGGAUGUUUGGAUAACACAUCCCUUCUGCAUGCUCAAGCAUACAAAAAGAUAAAGAAAAUUUUAAAAUGACGUGCAGCUUGGCUUGUCUGGGAGUGCAGAAAACGGCCAAGACAAAUCCCACCCCAGGAAGUAGCUGUUUUACUUGGAAUAGUCUCAGCACACCCUGGGGAUGCUGGAAGGACUCCAUGCAGAGCUGGGGGUCUCCAGACACCUGUGGGGAGCUCCCUGGUUUAUACGCCAGAGAGGCAGGAUGUGAGCGGGAGUUCAUAGUCAACAAUUGUUUCACCUUGGCAAGCAUGAGUCAAGAUUUCCCUGGGAAGCAUUUUGAAAGGGUUAAACUUACACUCCCUAUAACCACAUGUGUACAUAAUCUUCUUUUAGAGGAGAAAAAUGUACAUCUCACAAUUAUGUAGUCAGAUAAUGUUAUACAAAGAAAAAAAUGGGUACUACAGACAACACAAUUUUAUAGUAUGUAGAUGUAUUGUCACUAUUUGUGAUAAAUACUGAUAGCUAUUUUCUUUUCUUUACUAGAGACUAACUUCAGGAUGAAGCUGGUUUUUUGAUUCAUUGUUUUAUAUCCUUGAUGCAACAUUUACAUUUUUGCUGACAGAUGUAUUUCCAUGAUGAUAAAAAAUAUGAAAACCCAAACCAAAUGUGUUUCCUUCAUUUUUUCCCCAUCCCAAGUAUUUAAUGCUAUCAAAUAUAUCUAAUAAAA